AUGGCUCCUCCACCUUCCGGCUCUCUGCCGCUCCAGCAAAGGCUGCUCCAGCUUGCUCAGACUCUUCAGUUCGCAUGGUUUGUCGGGCAUCUAACCCUCCUCUUCUGCAUAUUCAGAUACAGUUUCUCGUACAUUACCUUCAACUUCUACUCGCGAUGGGCAAGCUUUUCGUACCGCACCGCAUUUGUCUCAGCCGCCGUCACAUACGGAAUUGUUGUCUACAAGGCUUUCCGAGCUCGCUCAAGAGCUGGUAGCAGAGCUCAAGGUGGUGCUCUUGCUCUUGCAGCGGAUGAGAACGUUCAAUAUUUGGCAAUGGCCCUUGUUUGGCUCUUCUCUCCUCAAUACCCUCUCGCGAUGCUUCCAUUCGGUGUCUACUCGAUCUUCCACGUUGCGACCUACACUCGAACCAACCUCAUCCCCACCCUCCAACCACCUCAACAGACUGCUGCGGCAGGAGCUUCCCCAGGGGCUAAGCCAACAUACGCACCAAAUGCCACUGCUGAUAUGAUUGGUAAAUUUGUCAAGGAAUACUAUGACGCAUCAAUGGGUCUUGUUGCUAUCCUUGAGAUCCUCCUCUGGGGCAGAAUCCUCCUGUCUGCAAUUGUUUUCCAAAAGGGAUCUUGGAUCUUGAUCGCCAUCUACACCGCUUUCCUCCGAGCACGAUUCGCACAGAGCAGCUUCGUCCAAGGUCAAUUCAGACAGCUAGAGGCUAGAAUUGAUAGCCUUGUUGGUGGUCAAUCUACUCCUCCUGUUGCCAGACAAGUCUGGGGUGCGGUUAAGAACGCCUCGAGAACUUUCCGUGACACCACGGACAUCGGCCACUAUGUAAAUGGUGCCUCUGCACAAAAGAAGGCAACAUAA